AUGAACCUAAUUUUUAAUUUUUCCAUAUCUGUUUUAUAAAACCAGCAGCAAGGUAAAUAAAAUAAAAACUUCUUUUAAACCAUACUUGCUGUGAAUGAGACCUUCACAGCCCCAACUUUAUUCAACUAAAAACAGUGAUAACAUAAUUGGAAUUGUUAGAAUUAUAGUUUUGUUGUUUUGACAUGAACUUGUCAUGAUAACCUGCAACCUCAUUGACAGAUAUGUUUGCAGCUUAAUUUGUUUUUAAUGACUAUAGUAGUAUGGCAUAGGUCUAUUCCCACGAAGAUACCUUGAGCAGUCUUAGCAACUGCAAAGAUCUCUGCUGCUCCAAAGCUGCUCUAAUUUAUAAAAACCCAGGUGUUCCAUUAGUAAAUAAAGUCUUAGAAUUAUAAACAGAAGGAAGUAAGAGAACAAGUUGCAUUGGUACUUGCCUGUAUUGCGAUAGAACUUCCACCUAAUGCAUGGAAAUACAUUCAUAAAGAUUAAGUACUUAAGUAGGCAAUAGUCUUUAUAAAUAUUGUAAAUAGUUCAUGUUUGUAUUAAACAAAAAACAUGAAUAUUAAUAGGCUGCAUUUAUUACAACCAUAGCCCUAUAAUAAUUAGAAAAAAAGAAAAAUAGUCAAAUGAAUGUCUAUUGUUUAUGGUGUGGUUUAGUAGUCAAAGUUCUUUUCGUUGGUAUAGUAAAUGAAAUACACCUAUAUUUAAUAAUAUUAAUAUAUUGAUUCACUUUGUUUUGAGAAACCGUAUUACAUAAUAAAUUAUACAAUGCUUGUGGUUCUUUCAUGGCUCUAGUAAUUCAGUGAUAUUAUAUUUCCUUCUUUAUAACCAUGACACACUUACACAUAUUAUUUUAAAACUUCUAGACAUAUUAUGCAUUAAACAAAGUAAGUAAAUAAGUAACAUUAUAUAAACAAACUAUAAGCCAAUCAAAACAUAAACAUUUUUAUGCCCUGACUCAUAAAAUUAUAGCAGUCAUUGCUUCAAUUCUGGUGUUACAACACCACCCACAAAAAUAAUUACAUAUAAUGUUAUUAUUAAAAUCUAUAUCUGAAUUCCAUUUCGCAUUAUGAACAAAUAGUAUUUCAGUAUAGUGCAUCCUACCUUUUAUUCCUUUUUGUUCUAUUGAAAAUAUUCUACAUGGGCCAAAUGAUACAUUGGACUCUCCCUGUAUGCUGUAUGAUUUUCUUUGCCACCUCAGUAUGCAGAAUUACAGAUUCAGGGCCUUAAAACAGAAAAACGAUUGUUUAAAAGUGUUAAGGAUUAAAAAAACUUUACUCUCAAUAAAAAUAUUUACUUUACACAUUGCUCGUAUCUCAAUAGAUCUUUUAUUAAGUAGUUGUUUAUUUAACUUCACGGUUCUGCACGAAAUAGAACAUAAAAUCCUAUAUACAUGUUACGUAAAUAACAGUUUGUUGUGCAUUGCAAUAUUGCAAAGUGGAUUAUUCGCUGGUGCCGAGCUCUUAUUAAAUAUUUAUCAUCCUUGAUCCAAUUUAAAAUGCUUAUACUCUACAUAUCUAUGCGAAAGCCGACAAGUGCACGAAGCCUAGAAUUGGAUUAGCGAACGUAGUUUGUACUGUUAGUGAAGAUUGGUAUCGUGAUGCAAACGCACGGCAACUUGACAGCGAGCUACCUGUGGCAGCCAGGUGAAUUCGCUCGCCGUAUGUUAGGAGAACGACCCUCGCCGGUACCACCGACGAGAGAACUGUGGCCUCCUCCGCAGCAACCUUUAAGCAUCAGUACUCUCCAACUUGCUUACUUACAAGAUGAGCCCUUACCGCGACGAGCAGCGACGCUUCCUUGUCAAAUAUACUCUGGACCAACUACAGCCGACACAGAGUACAGUAAACCACGAGUGUGUACCGUUGGAACUAAUACUGAACCGCCGCCUACGAUACUCAACAGGCUGAGACAAUUAAUGAAACGCCAACAGACGGAGACAGACAAGACAAUCUCUGCGACUUGCCCUCCAACUGGACGAUUAACUGCCGUGCCUAGGGAAACUACUUUCGAUGUAAAAGAAGAAGAAAAUUCAGCACGACGCGCUUACAAUGGUUUAAAAAAGGCGAUAUCAGGAGUGAAAUAUCGAGUCGCUCCUGGUUCUGAAGCCGUGGACAGUCCAAAAAUCGUUUAUCAUGUUCCUAAGCCGGGGGAUCGAAUGACUUCAACCUUUGGGGCCGAAGAGAAGAAAAGCAGAUGGUGCAAAGUUCCGUCUCGCACAUCGUGUUCUCGUAGAUUACGAGCAUUUAGCGAAUGGUGCAGGCGUCGUCCACGGCGGCCACCCCGGCGGCAGCCGCAGCCGCCUCGACUACAAAUCACUCAGGUGUGAUGAAGAACACUCGUAGUCGGAUUAAAGGCAUAAUACGCUAAGUGCUUUGUUACAUUAAUCGUGGAAAAAUAAAAAUACAACUACUGAAAAAUAUAAUAAAACGAUAGAAUUGAGCGCUAAGCGAUAAUUGUGAACGUUUUGUAGAAUGAUAGUGUUUUAAGUAGAGUUUUUGGCUAAUAAAUGUUUUUCCAUUAUCUGUGUUUUGUUGGCGCACGAGCGGGCGGUGGACGCAAGGGGUAGCAAGGGAAGGCCGGGCGGGCGGCAGUCCCGUGUUAGGCGCCGCACCGCCCGGUCUUGCCGCCCAAGUACCGAAUCCCGCCCUCAUAGUGUCCCACGUUUAUAGUCGAUUAUAUCUCAAAGCAAACCCCGCUUUAAUGUUAAAAGUGAUUCAUUAUUUAUAUUAAAAAGAGGUUUUGUG